AUGGCUGGUCAAAGUAAACCGCAAUCGCCGUACGAGUUGGUCGAAUAUGUUCCAGGAACACUCGAAAGGCUCUGGUAUCGAACAUAUAAUUGGUUCGAAAACCGGCUUUGGCCAAUUCGACCACUUCCAUUCCUUACAUUAAGCGUUGCUGGAACCGCCAUUCAAACAUCGUACUAUGAUAAAAUCGAUUUCUCAGAACUUCAAUUUGAUUCAAUCGAUGAUACCCACUUGAAGAUCGUUCGUUCUUUACUGAUUUCCAUUGGCAUCGGCUACACCACCACAUUCAUUCUUCGCCAGAUUCUCAAACAUUUCUAUUUUUCCUAUAAAGGAUACCUAUUCGAGAAUCCGAAAAACCCGUCAAUUCGAACCAAACUUUGGGGUGCGACUCGAGCGUUUUUGUCGAAAUUCGCACCUCCAAAACUCUCGUCAUGCGAUUCGAUUCUUCCGAAUUUGCCGCUUCCAAAUUUGGCCGACUCAGUUCGCGGCUACAUUGAGUCCAUGAAGCAUCUUAUCAGCGAUGAGGAAUACGAAUCGCUGAAAAAAUACGGCGAUGAGUUUCUGAAUAAUGAGGGUUGGAAAUUGCAAUUGAUGACGUGGUUUUGGCAUAAAUGCGCUGAGAAUUAUGUGACACCUUUAUGGCAGAAAUUCGUCUACAAUUCCGGAAGAUAUCCCCUUUUGAUCAAUUCAAGUGUUGGCCAAAUUACCACAUAUGGAAACAGUGGCAACCUUCCGGCUUACCAUGUCACCAGAUUGAUCUACAUCGAGACUCUGGCGAAUAUCGCUAUCGACAAGCAGCAAUAUAACACACCUGGAGGUGGUUUGGUCUCAACGCGACACUACCGUAAUUUGUACAAUGGUUGUCGAAUUCCUGGCGAGAAAUAUGACUAUUUCCAAUGGAACCGACCAGCAACACAUGUCAUCGUUUUUCGUAGAGGAAUCAUGUAUAAAAUGAAUGUUUGUGAUAACAACUCGAGAAUUUAUACGAUUGACGAAAUGACCAAAAUCAUCGCUGAAAUGAUGCAAAGAGACGAUGAGACAUCGGAUGUUCUUUCGAAGAUCUGCAGUUUGACACAUGAUAAUCGAACGGAAUGGCAUCGAAAUCGGAAGCGCUUCUUUUUGAAGAAUAAGAAAAACAAGAAGCUUCUUGAUGUCAUUGAGACGGCAGCAUUUGACGUUUCGGUGGAUGAUGAUACCGAAUGGCACGUGGAAACAACGGAGAAAUUGUCGAUAUACAUGAAGGAUAUGCUCGCGGGCAACGGAAAAAAUCGAUGGGCGGACAAGACGAUGAAUUAUGCGGUUGAUUCGACGGGAAGGGGUGGAGCAACUGGCGAACAUUCGCCAUGCGACGCUUCCGAGCUUGAUCAUCUCUGCGAAAAUGAGCUGAAAAUGGACAAGGAGCCGGAUGGAUUCAUGCAAAUGUCGAUCCAAUUGGCUAAUUAUAAAGAUCAAGGAAAAUUUGUGUUGACCUACGAGCCGGGAGCUAUUCGAUCUUUCGCAAACAGCCGAACUGAAACCGUUCGUCCGGUAACCGAAGCAUCAUGCAAAUUUGUCAAGGCGAUGCUCGAUGAAGAUACCACGGUAACCACCGGAUUCUCGUUUUGCGAACCAUCCUGCGAGACGCACGUGAGAAACUGCAAAAACGUGCUAAUCGGUCGCGGUUUCGAUCGUCAUUUGUUCGUCUUGUGUGCAAUGGCGAAAGGAUUUGGGUUCGAGAGCAAGUUCUUGGACCAUUUCGCGAAUCAGAAAUGGCUGUUGAGCACUAGCAAUAUUCCAAACAUGACCAAUUCUAUUGACGAGGACAAAUCAAUUGAAUCGAUCUGUCUUGGAGGAGCGUUUGGAGCAGUCGCUGAAAACGGAUACGGAGUCUGCUAUCGAUUCGCGGGCAAUAAAGCAAUUAUGGUACAUACAACUUCGUACCAUUCCGCAGAGAAUACCUCAUCUCGACGAUUCGCCGAAACAUUGAGGGAAUCUAUGAACGAACUGGCCAAUCUUUUCGAUAGUUAA